AUGCUCAGAACAAUCAGACCCGCCAGAACAACACUCGUGAGGGCGGUGAGACCGGUGAGACCGGUGAGCGGCCGCGUCGGCAGAUUGGGUCGUCACGUGACCACAGGCACCACCUCUUCCACAACCUCCGCUUCGUCGCCGGAUCUUUCCACAACGCUGGCCAUGGCGAUUGAGCAACAGGGCCCAAUGUCGGUGGCCACCUUCAUGAAGCACUGUCUGACGAACCCCUCGGGCGGCUAUUACAUUGACAAGGACCCGCUAGGAGCCAAGGGUGACUUCACCACGUCGCCCGAGAUUUCUCAAAUGUUUGGCGAGCUCGUGGGCCUGUGGUUGGCUGCCCAGUGGCUGUACUACGGCCAGAAACAGCCCUUCCGAGUGAUUGAGUACGGUCCCGGCCGAGGAACGCUCAUGGACGACAGCCUACGGGCCCUGGUGUCUGCCAAAAGCACUGGAGCCAAGGAGGCGCUCAAGGAGGUGCUGCUGGUGGAGGCGUCUCCGGUGCUGAGAGACGCGCAGAGAAAGAAGCUGUGUGGAGCCGAGUCGCAGUUCAAGACCGAAGAAGACGGCUCCAUCACGUGUGUGACCAAGUACGGCGUGCCGAUCCGGUGGUACGAGGACUCCAAGAUGCUGGACAAGCUGGCGUCUUCAAACGACCCGCUGCACAAUUACAUUGUGGCCCACGAGUUCUUCGACGCCCUGCCCAUCUACCAGUUUGAAAAGACAGACAAGGGAUGGCGCGAGCUCAUGGUCAACUACGGCGUGGAAAACAAAACCAAGGAGUCGUCGAUUCUGCUGCCCGGACAGACCCACAUCAAGUCGUCUGAUCUGGAUAAGGACAAAAAGAAAACGUUCCAUCUGGUGACCGCGCCCACUUGGACAGUGGCCUCCAAGGUCAUUCCCCAGAGCCACAAGCGGUACCGGGAUCUGCCCGAGUGGUCCAAGAUCGAGGUGUGUCCCGAUGCCUGGGAUGUGGCCAACCAAAUGGGCCGACUGGUGGCCAAGGGAGGAGCUGCCUUCAUUGUCGACUACGCAGUCAAGCCCGGAGUGCCCGUAAACACUCUGCGAGGAAUCAGAGACCACAAGAUCUGCUCGCCGUUCGAGGAGCCGGGUAAGGUGGAUCUUUCUGCCGACGUGGACUUCACCGCCAUCGGAAUUGCAUCCCGAUCCAAGAACAAGGAGAAUGUGUCUGCCUUUGGACCCAUCAACCAGGCCACCUGGCUCAAGAACAUGGGCAUCGAAAUGCGGACCGAGAAGCUCAUGGAGGGCAAGGAGGAGUACAUCAAGAAGCGGAUCGAGUCGCAAUACAAGCGGCUGGUGGACAUUGGAAUCAACGGUAUGGGCAAGAUUUACAAGGCCUUCUUUUUGACCCAUUCCAGCCACGGAUAUCCCGUGGGAUUCCCUAUUCCCGAGCCCAAAGAUCUCAAGGAGCCCCAUCAGAAACCCGAAAAGGACCCCAAGGACACUGAGCCCAAGGUUGUUGAGGUCUAG